AGCUAAAAGGACGGCCGUUAACUCCUAUUUCACCUAAAUCCGGAUGUCACUCCCUUUAGCUAACAGGAGUUCGAUCUCCUUCCAACUCUCUCUAGCCUACCAACAACUAUACUCUCUCUCUCUCUCUCCAUCAGUUGCAAUCUUUUCUUCUUAGACUAUUUUGUAAAGCCUUCAAAACAUCCCACGAGCCUCUACGCCUACAUCUUCAAACUUCUCUUUUAUCCUUAUCCCUGCAACUCCACUCUUCAAUUAUUUUCUUCUCUUUGUCUUCUCCACGCCUUCAGUUCUUCUCUCACAUCAUACCCAGUAGGCCAGUACCCACCACAUAACAUUUCAUUCCUUCUUUCUCUCUGUAACACAGAAGCAAUCAUAAUACUCAAUUCUUCAUCUCCAUCUUCUUCGACUUUCAAAUCCAUGGCUCUGGAGACAUGGCUAAUUAAGGUGAAGACCGCGAUCUCUAACGGCCUUGAUGCAGUUCGGACAACUACAGCAACCAAGAUGGGUAAGAAAUCUAAUGUUGGUGUCUUGGCUUUUGAGAUCGCCGGGCUUAUGUCCAAACUCGUCCAGCUCUGGAAAUCGCUCUCCGACAAGAACCUGAUUCGCCUAAGACACGAAUCAAUUGCUCUUGAGGGAGUCCGCAAGAUAGUCUCCAACGACGAUGCUUUCCUGCUCAGUCUCGCCUGCGCCGAGAUGGUGGAGAACUUGAGGCUUGUAGCUAAGUCUGUGUCCAGGCUCGGAAGGCGGUGUGAUGACUCGGGUCUCCGGUGUUUCGAUCGCUUGUUCCAGGAAUUCGCUAACUCGGGCCACGACCCUCAUUGCUGGGUUCUGCCUUGGAAGGAGAUGGAGGCCAAACAGAAGAAGAUGGAUCGAUAUGUCACGCUGACUGCAUCCCUUCACAGAGAGAUGGAUGGGCUUUCGGAUGCCGAGCACAGUUUGAGAAAAGUCCCCCAAUGUAGCGACAUGGACCCGUCUAUCAAAGAGAAGAAGAUUGUUGAUCUGCAACAGAAGCUCUUCUGGCAGAGACAAGAAGUGAAGUAUCUCAAAGAUAAAUCUCUCUGGAGCCGAAGCUUUGAUACAGUCACGAUAUUGCUUGUAAGGUCGAUCUUCACUGUUCUAGCAAGAAUCAAGCUUGUUUUCGGAAUUGGACAAGGAUGUCUACCAAACAACAGUUCUUCCUUGUCACGAAGCCUUUCUGUGUCUGCGGCCAUCCACCCCUCCGAGAACCCAACUUGUAAAUUUGUCUCAGGGCCAUUGAUGACGACAUCCAAGCAUGACGAGAAGGAAAACCAAGAUCUCAGUCAUGGAUUCUUUGAGGCGAACACCAAGGUUCUAAAACCAGCGCCGAGUACACUAGGCGCGGCAGCUCUUUCUCUACACUACGCAAAUUUGAUCAUUGUGAUCGAGAAGAUGAUCAGAUCACCUCAACUGGUUGGCGUCGAUGCCAGGGACGACCUCUACGGCAUGCUUCCCACUAGCAUAAGAUUGUCGCUGAGGGCUAGACUGAGAGGAGUUGGGUGUUGGGCAAGUGAUCCGGUGCUUGCCGGAGAGUGGAGAGAUGCAUUAGGAAAGAUCCUGGGUUGGUUGUCACCGUUAGCACACAACAUGAUAAAAUGGCAGAGCGAACGUAGCUUCGAACAACAGAAUUUGAUGCCCAAGACCAACGUUCUUCUUCUACAGACGCUCUAUUUCGCAAACCAGUCGAAGACCGAGGCCGCCAUCACCGAGCUGCUUGUGGGUCUAAAUUAUAUAUGGAGAUUUGAGAGGGAGAUGAAUGCUAUGGCCUUGUUCGAAUGCUCCAAGCUCAAUGGUGUCGCAAAUUUGCAGAGUUCAAGUUAAGGGGACGAUUUUUCUUUUCCUUUGGAUCUUCCAUUUCUUUCUUUCUUUUUUCUUCUGAUCAUGGUUUAAUUAGAUUGAUCAGCUUCUUUGCUUCUUAUUUAUGGGGUGUUUGCUGGUUUUCUGCCAACCCUUAUGUAUAAUGUUAAUAUAGAAUUACAAACGAUGUGUAAAUAGAAUAAAAAGAGUGUUGCUUUAAACUUAA